CUCUGAGACACAAGCACACAUGUAGGUCACCAAACCAACACGCACCAGAUAUAUCACUUACAGCAGCUCCUGAUGGAAACGAGUGUCUGAAGCAGAGGGAAUAAACUCUACGAAAGCGUAACAAGGAAUGUCUUGGAAUAAGUAUGCUGUUAGUGAGAAUGUCCCGGAGACUGAAGCCACGCCCCUCACCACGACUCUCGACCCAGAAGAAAAACAGGCUGUGGGAUCACAGUCGGAGGGCGACUCUACAGGGUACGAGCACGUGACGGUGUGUGUGCCAGCGGAGCUGCCGCCAGUGGUGCCCGUGACGGGCGAGUCGUUCUGCCAGUGUCCGGCUCAAACCGAACUCAGCUCAGACGAACAGAUCAGCCCGUACACCCUCAGCUGCACAUGUGGAGAGGAAGAACAGGGGUGUGAAUGGGUUUGGGACGAGGAGAGCAAAUCAUCCUCCGUGUCUCUGAGCUGCUCAAACCGGAAGGUGAGCUUCCAUUCGGAGUACAGCUGUGGAACCGCCGCCAUCAGAGGUGCGAAGGCUCUCAGCGACGGACAGCACUUCUGGGAAAUCAAGAUGACAUCACCCGUCUAUGGCACGGAUAUGAUGGUUGGUAUUGGGACAUCAGAAGUGAACCUGGAUCAGUUCAAACAUAGUUUCUGCAGUCUGUUGGGCACAGAUGAGGACAGCUGGGGUUUGUCCUAUACAGGUCACCUACACCACAAGGGGUCAAAGGUGAACUUUUCAUCACGGUUUGGUCAAGGGUCCAUAAUCGGGGUUCAUCUGGACAGCUGGCACGGCACCCUGAGCUUCUAUAAGAACCGCCGCUGCAUCGGCAUAGCAGCUACUCACUUACAGAAUAAGCGUUUGUAUCCAAUGGUGUGUUCGACUGCGGCCAAGAGCAGCAUGAAACUGAUCCGUUCGCAUUCUGCGCCCACCACGUUACAGUACCUGUGCUGCACGCAGCUGCGCAAAAUGCUGCCCAACUGCGCAGACGCUCUGCGCGUGCUGCCUCUGCCGCCGGGUCUGCGUCUGCUGCUGUCUAACCAGCUGGGAUGGGUGCUGACCCUCGGCUGCGCAGACGCCUGCGCGCACAACAGGGAAGACAAAGCCACACAAACAGAGGAUGGCGAAUAUGACGAAUUCACAAGCCCUUUUCCUUCCCACUAUCCCUCCGACACUGAACGUGUCUUUAUUGCUAGUUCCUUCUCUGAUAACCCUGAGUCUCUUGAUUCUGUCUCCGUAUAUCCCGAUUCUACAUCCUAUCAAGAUGAUGUCUCCAUAAUGGAUGUUGCUUGUUACCUUGAUCCACCUUCACCUUCUGACCUCUACUUUAGCUCCGCCCCCAGCCCUGACCCUACAUUACAACACGUGUCUGUUUCCUGUUCUUGCUGUGACCCGCCAAUAUGUGUUUCUAGUGACGGCCAUACGGUUAAUGAUGCUAGUUCUAUGUGUAAACCGGAACACGCCGGUUCUUGCAGUCUAUGCUCCUCGUACACUCCGACAGGCCACGCCUCCUUUUGGCCUGACUCCGCCUCUGAGAGUGACUCAGACGGCUUCUCUGCAGAUCUAGAGACGUAUCAGAGGAAACGCUGCCGCUGGACAUGAGACAUACAACGUUUACAUGUAAAUCACAGCUCAUAGGUCACAUUUAGAGAGAGAGUUCAUGGUUUACUUACACUCAUGUUGUUCCAAACUCAUUUGAGAAAGGCUGUUCGAUUAGCUGAUAUCGUGAUACGGCUUAGUGUGAUUAUAAAAUUGCAAAGUCUGCGAAAGAGAAGCACUUAUAAACAAUCUGUUGUUUGCAAGAUGAGCUUUAAGGGCUCCUUGAUUUUUUUUUUCUGCCAAAAUAACGUUUGUACAAUUAAUAAUUACAUUAACUGUAAAAUAAUACUAAUUCUGUUAUUUUUCUUAAUAGUCACUUUAUUUUACACUGAAAUAUUAUUUUAUUUAUUUAUAUAAUUAUUAUUGUUAUAAUAUAUUAUCAAAAUUUUUCAAAUUUCACGUUAGAAAAAUUAGAAAUUUUCACAGUUCAAAUGUCAAUUUUUCACAUUUCAAGUUUUAAUUUUUCAAAUUUUCAAACAGGAAUUUUUCACAGUUCAAAUGUCAAUUUUUCCCCAUUUCAAAUUUUCAAAUUUGAAUUUUCAAUUUUUCAAACUGUGAAUUUUUCAAAUUAGAAUUUUUCACAUUUCAAAUUUCAGUUUUUCAAAUUUGAAUUUUCAAAUUUUGAAUUUUUCACAUUUCAAUUUUUCAAAUUUCCCCCCAAAUUAUAUAGCCCUAGGUGUGAGGCUUUCUUUUCUUGUUGAAUAAUGCUUAAUGUCUUAUUUUGUGUCCCACAGAAAAAAGAAAGGCAUGUGGGUUUGAAAAAACAUGAGAGUGAGUAAAUGACAUAACUAAUUUUAGGUGAACUAUUCCUUAAAUACACACAUUAUGCAGUUCAACUCAAACCGCUCGUCCUCAUCCCUUGCCAAACUAUCAAAAAACAUUCACUGGACUUGUUGUAAAUUAUAACCUUUAUGAGAUCUAGUGAAUCAGUGGCUUUGUUACUUAGUAAUCUGUUUCGUUUUCCAGUUAAUUCAUUAUUCAGGGUUCAGGAUGAGGUUAAAGAUUGAAAUUUCUCAUCAGCUUGCUCAUUUCCAGUGCCAAUAUUUUCAGUCAGGUGACCCUUUUGUUGAGAGUUUUUAUCUUAUACAUUAAGGUAGAUCAACACAUGCCAAACAUAUUUUGCAGAAGUAUUAUUGAAAUAUUACAGACAUCAGUAGUUUGAAACCUCAGUACCACCAAUAUGUAAAUACUCCAGUAAUUGACAGACGAUAUCUGUCUGUUAAUCAGUCUGUUAAUUAAUUACAGUAUUUUAUCAUAAUUCAAUAUCAGAGAGCUACAGCUCUGAUAUGACAACUAAAAUACAUAUCUGAUUUAAUAAACACUGUAGAUUGUGUAUUUAUUCACAAACUUUUAUUCAUUAGUUUAACCUCCCCUCUCUUAUUAUUAUUUGAUUAUUAUAUUAUUUGAUUAUGAUUUAUUAUAUACUAGCUAUAUAUGAGUGAAUGAUUUUGUACUCUUUUGCAUGUUUUCUUACUGACUGUAUUGUUUUGAGGUAAAAAACAAAUUAAACAACGACAACAAAAAAAUCAUAAUUGCAUGUUUUUUGGAGUAUCUAAUUUGCUCUUUUUAAUUUGUUUCACCAAAUAUUAAACGUCUGAGCAUAACUCAUCCCAAACUGUUUGUUGAAUUGGAUUUUAUUUUCAUAUUUUGUUUUUAUUUACAUGUAGUCAAAGUUCUAGUAAUUUUGUUUGUAUUUUUGUCAUUUU